GCCCAGCCUUUCGAACGCCGACGGGAGUGGCGACGGCCUGAGGAGGGAGCGAGCAGGCGGCGUGGGGACCCCUGGCCUCCCCGCCUCCCCUCCUCCCGGCCUCCUAGCUUCCCCGCCUCCCCGCCACCCCGCCUCCUCCGCCUCCUCCGCCUCCCCUAGGGCGCUCGGCCUGCGAGCCGGCGCCGCCUCCCGGGAAGAUGGCGCAGCACUUCCAGAGUUUGGCCGAAUUGGAAUUGUUAUGUACUCAUCUCUACGUAGAGACUGAUCUUUCACAAAGAAUAGAGGCUGAGAAAGCACUCUUGGAACUUAUUGACAGCCCAGAAUGUCUCAGCAAGUGUCAACUUUUAUUAGAACAAGGAACAACAUCCUAUGCUCAGCUCCUUGCAGCAACAUGUCUUUCAAAACUUACCAGCCGAAUCAGCCCUUUACCUAUUGAACAGAGGAUAGAUAUCAGAAACUACAUUCUGAAUUAUGUGGCAUCACAGCCUAAGUUGGCUCCCUUUGUCAUCCAAGCUCUUGUUCAAGUCAUUGCUAAAAUCACUAAAUUGGGGUGGUUUGAAGUUCAGAAAGACCAAUUUAUCUUUAGAGAAAUUAUUUCUGAUGUAAAGAAGUUUCUUCAGGGUACUGUGGAACACUGUGUAAUAGGAGUAAUAAUCCUUUCUGAAUUGACUCAGGAAAUGAAUCUGGUUGAUUAUUCUAGACCUUCAGCAAAACACAGGAAAAUAGCUACCUCAUUUCGUGAUACUUCUCUCAAAGACAUAUUUGUAUUAGCAUGUUCUCUUCUAAAAGAGGUAUUGUCCAAACCUUUAAAUCUUCAGGACCAGGGUCAACAAAAUCUGGUGAUGCAGGUCUUGAAACUGGUCCUCAACUGCUUAAGUUUCGACUUCAUUGGCAGUUCAGCAGAUGAAUCUGCAGAUGAUCUCUGCACAGUGCAGAUACCAACAACCUGGAGAACAAUUUUCCUGGAACCAGAAACAUUGGAUCUUUUCUUCAAUUUGUAUCAUGCACUUCCACCACUGCUGUCUCAGUUAGCACUUUCAUGUUUAGUGCAGUUUGCUUCUACAAGAAGGUCCUUAUUUAGCAGCCCUGAACGUGCCACAUACCUUGGUAAUUUAAUUAAGGGAGUAAAAAGGAUACUUGAAAACCCUCAGGGUUUGUCUGAUCCAGGUAAUUACCAUGAAUUUUGUCGAUUUUUAGCUCGUUUAAAGUCAAAUUAUCAGCUGGGAGAAUUAGUCAUGGUAAAGGAAUAUCCUGAAGUUAUCAGACUGAUUGCUAACUUUACUAUCACUAGCUUACAGCAUUGGGAGUUUGCUCCCAACAGUGUUCAUUAUUUAUUAACUCUGUGGCAAAGAAUGGUAGCAUCGGUUCCUUUUGUGAAGUCAACUGAACCCCACUUAUUAGACACUUAUGCACCUGAAAUCACGAAGGCCUUUAUCACUUCUCGGUUGGAAUCUGUUGCUGUAGUUGUAAGAGAUCAUUUAGAUGAUCCACUAGAUGAUACUGCUACUGUAUUUCAGCAACUGGAACAGUUGUGCACUGUCAGCAGAUGUGAAUAUGAAAAGACAUGCACUCUGCUUGUACAGUUGUUUGACCAAAAUGCACAGAAUUACCAAAAACUUCUGCAUUCACCUUCUCGGAUAACUGUGGACAUGGAAAUUCAAGAAGGUCGUCUUGCAUGGCUGGUAUACUUAGUUGGGACUGUUGUAGGAGGAAGACUAACGUAUACCAGUACAGAUGAACAUGAUGUUAUGGAUGGAGAAUUAUCCUGUCGAGUUUUUCAGCUUAUAUCUUUAAUGGAUACUGGAUUGCCUCAAUGUUCUAAUGAGAAAAUAGAGCUUGCAAUUCUCUGGUUCUUGGAUCAAUUUCGUAAAACAUACGUUGGUGAUCAACUUCAGAGAACCUCAAAGCUUUCAGGUCCUUGUUUGGGGGCAACAAAGAUUGAAGCCAACAAAACAGCAAGCAGCAAGCAGUGGAGAAUGGCCAAAUGUGCGUUUAUUAGAAAGAAUAAAAGGAAAAGCUCCCUGCUAGUCGGGCAGGGAUUUCAUAAGGUUGUACGCCUGAGGAGUGAUGUAUCCAGAGUUCCAGAGAAGGCUUGGAAAAUAGUUAAGGUAUAUGCCCGUAUGUCAGAAAUCUUAGGAAUAACAGAUGACAACCAUGUUCUGGAAACAUUCAUGACAAAAAUUGUUACAAACCUUAAAUACUGGGGAAGAUGUGAGCCUGUAAUUUCAAGGACUCUUCAGUUCCUAAAUGAUCUUUCUGUUGGCUAUAUCCUUUUAAAAAAACUUGUGAAAAUAGAUGCUGUGAAAUUCAUGCUAAAAAAUCACACGAGUGAACACUUUCCCUUUCUUGGCAUCAAUGACAGUUACAGUCUCAGUGACCUCAGAUGCCGAACAACCUUCUACACAGCCCUCACUCGCCUUCUGAUGGUAGAUCUAGGUGAAGAUGAGGAUGAAUUUGAGAAUUUCAUGAUGCCUCUUACAGUCUCUUUUGAAACAGUAUUACAGAUAUUUAACAACAACUUUAAACAGGAAGAUGUGAAGCGUAUGUUGAUCGGGCUGGCAAGAGAUCUUCGAGGGAUUGCCUUUGCACUGAACACAAAGACCAGCUACACCAUGCUGUUUGACUGGAUGUACCCAACGUAUCUCCCCGUUCUUCAGAGAGCUAUUGAACAGUGGUAUGGAGAGCCAGCAUGUACAACUCCCAUCUUGAAACUUAUGGCAGAACUGAUGCAAAACAGGUCCCAGCGUUUGAAUUUUGAUGUAUCAUCUCCUAAUGGAAUUCUUCUCUUCAGAGAAGCUAGUAAAAUGAUUUGUACUUAUGGUAAUCAGAUCCUGUCCCUUGGGAGCCUCUCAAAAGAUCAGAUUUAUCCAAUGAAACUCAAGGGCAUCUCCAUCUGCUAUUCAGCUCUCAAAUCUGCCUUAUGUGGAAAUUAUGUCAGCUUUGGCGUCUUCAAGUUGUACAGGGACAACCAUUUUGACAAUGUACUCCAGGCCUUUGUCAAGAUGCUGCUGUCAGUGUCCCACAGCGACUUGCUACAAUAUCGGAAGUUGAGCCAGUCUUAUUACCCUCUCCUGGAAUGUCUCACCCAAGACCACAUGAGCUUCAUCGCCAAUUUAGAGCCUGCUGUGCUCCUGUAUGUUCUCACCUCUAUGUCAGAGGGACUCACGAGUCUUGAUACAGUUGUCUCCUCCAGCUGCUGUACCAGUUUAGACUACAUCGUCACCUACCUCUUCAAGCACAUAGCAAAAGAGGGCAAGAAGCCACUUCGAUGCAGAGAGGCUACCCAGGCUGGUCAGAGACUAUUACAUUUUAUGCAGCAAAACCCAGAUGUCCUGCAGCAGAUGAUGUCCGUCCUCAUGAACACCAUUGUCUUCGAAGACUGUAGAAACCAGUGGUCGGUAUCGAGGCCUCUCCUGGGGCUCAUCCUCCUCAAUGAGAAGUAUUUCAGUGAACUGAGAGCAAGUCUGAUAAACAGCCAACCUCUCCCUAAGCAGGAGGUUCUUGCCCAGUGCUUCAGGAACUUGAUGGAAGGAGUGGAGCAGAACCUGUCCAUCAAGAACAGAGACAGGUUCACCCAGAACCUCUCCGUCUUCAGAAGAGAUGUGGCAGAGGCCUUGCGCAGUGACAACCACCCCGAACUGUGUAGCCUGGACAUGAUGAGCUGACCUGACUCUCCUGACCCCCUGCCGAGCAGCCUUUAUCCAGAGACUCUCGGAAGGCUGGGUCCAACACACUGAUGCGGGCUAGCCCAGGGGAAUCUAUUUUUCAAAACAAACAAAAGCCCUACCUUUUUAUAAGUCUGGCCUAAUUGUAAAAAUUUAUAAUAGUGCACAAGUAACAUAGUCAGUCUUUGUUUUGAAAAAGCAAAACGUGUUUUCAGUCUAUCAGAGAACAUUAUCUCGGUUCUCCUAAUGCUCUGAAAGUAUGUGGAAAUAACAUUUAACCAAAGAACAUAAUAAACUUGGUUUGCACCUAA